AUGGACGACAAAUCCCACAAUGAUUCAACGGAUAGACAGCUGUUAAUACUAUAUGGAAGUCAGACAGGUUGUGCGCAAGACUCUGCAGAGAGGACAGCGAGGGAGGCAAGAAGGAGACAUUUUAGAGUUCGAAUAUUCGCUAUGGAUGAAUACGAUAGAACAAAACUUAUAAACGAACCACUCGUUAUUUUUAUAUGCUCAACGACUGGGCAAGGUGAUGAACCUGAUAAUAUGAAGAAAUUUUGGAAAUUUCUUUUGCGAAAGAACCUUCCUAACGACAUUCUUAACCAAAUGAAAUUCACCGUGUUUGGGCAGGGAGACUCGUCAUACAUAAGGUAUAAUUAUCCGGCGAAAAAGCUUUGGAAGCGUCUUCUGCAACUCGGGGCAGAAAGCAUUUAUCCAAGAGGUGAUGGGGAUGAUCAACAUUUCCUCGGUCAAGACGGAGCAUUUGACCCGUGGAUUCAAGGUCUAUGGGACGUGUUGAUGAAGAUGUACCCCUUGCCAGCUGGAGUGGAUAUUAUUCCAUCUGAGGAUUUAUAUCCUUUCUUUAUUGACUCUGGUGUUCCAUUAUCCGACGAGUCUACUGAGUAUGAGUAUACCGUACGGUUGGCCUCUAAUCAAAGGAUUACGGCAACUGACCAUUUUCAAGAUGUGAGGCAUUUGGAGUUUGCUAUUGAAGAGCCUUUUAUAAGUUAUGAUCCGGGAGAUAUUAUGGUAGUGAGGCCUAGGAACCUGAAAAAGGAUGUGGACUCGUUUCUAGAAAUGAUGAAAUGGACAGACAUUGCGGAUAAUCCAUUUGUCUUGGUGCCGAAUCAGGAAGAUUACAAAAUCCCAAAACAUUGGGAAUCAAGGUUAACUCUAAGAUUACUAUUUGAGAAAUAUUUGGAUAUUUUUAGCACACCGAGACGAUCUUUUUUUGAAUUUCUGUCGUAUUUUACAACAAACGAAGAUCAGACCGAGAAAUUGCGUGAAUUCUGUUCUGCUGAAGGCCAGGACGACUUGUAUGCGUAUAAUCAACGCGUCAGACGCACCAUAGUUGAAGUCUUGCAUGACUUUUCAUCUGCAACGAUUCCUAUCAACUACAUUCUUGAUGUGUUUCCAAUGAUACAGCCACGGCAAUUCUCUAUAUCGUCAGCAAGUAGUAUGCAUUCUAAUGUAAUACACUUAACAGUGGCUAUUGUCAAUUAUAAAACGCUACUAAAAUCUCCGAGAAGAGGUGUUUGCACUAAAUGGAUGGAAACGCUGGAGAUCGGUUCUGUCAUUCCAUUUAACGUUAUUAAGGGAACGAUGAGACUUCCACGUGAUUCAGGGAUACCAGUAAUACUAAUUGGUCCUGGCACCGGAGUAUCAGUGAUGAAGGCGUUCAUUGAGGAUCGCAUUCAAGUGGGUGCUACAGAAAAUUACCUUUUCUUUGGCUGCCGAUAUCAUGAUAAAGAUUAUUACUACAAAAAUGAAUGGGAUACCUAUGUUCGAGAGGGUCAAUUAACAGUGUUUGUUGCGUGUUCACGAGAUCAAGAUAAAAAAAUAUAUGUCCAGGACUUGAUCAAACAGAAUGCAGCCUUAAUAUGGAGACUUGUACAUGAUCAAGGAGGAUAUGUCUACCUAUCUGGACGAUCCGACAAAAUGCCAGCCGCUGUUAUCGAAUCGUUCAUAGAGGUUUUUAAAAAGGAAGGAGACAUGGAUGAUGAUCAGGCUAAAAAAUAUUUCAAUAGAAUGGAAAAGAAUAGACGGUUUCAACAGGAAUGUUGGUCAUAA